AUGGAUUCCAACAAUCCAACAGAUCGCUCCACCCUCCCUUGGGAAGAAGAGCCUGCUGGCGGAAAUCAGAAUGAUAGUACUCAACCGCCGCCCCAGGACACUGCUUCUCAACCAGGUCAAGGCCAGAGUGGUAAUCCAGAAAAUCGCGAGCAUCCGCUGGCGUUUUCUGUUGGCACGAUGUUUAUUAUCGCCCCUCAAGGAGGAGGAGGAGGAGCUGAUGGAAACGAAAAUGAAAACUUUAUUAACCCAUUUCAACCUCCAGUAAAGCGAGCUCUUAAGGAAGCUUGGGAUUCUUUUGAAGAGGUCUCUUCCGAGCAACUCCCUGAUAUAAGCUGCCCCAUUUGCUAUGAUGAUAUGAAUAUAAAUGAAGAGACCACGGCUACUCGUAUGCCUUGUGGUCAUAUUUUUGGUAAAAACUGUCUUAAAAUCUGGCUCGACGAUCACUGUAGUUGUCCUCUUUGUCGCAAAGAAGUGCCACAUGAAACGAUUGGCUCUUCUCAUCCUCCUGUCCUGUUUAUCAUUCCUCAUUCCAACCAUCGUCCUCAAAAUCAGGGCGAAAAUGCCGAACAAGCUCCUGCUGAAAAUACUAAUCCUUUCUUUUCACUCGCUCAACAACAACGUCCAGAGGGCGCGGAACCCAACGCUACUCCUGCAAAUGGUGCAAAUGAGGGUACACCCACUCCUCCCCGUAUCGCCUUGAAUCGCAUACGCUUCGUCCUUGCACCUCAUCGUACGCCUCAAACGACAGAGUCGGCAUCUGAUUCUCCAUCUGUAUCAAAUUCACCAGCACUGUCGACUUCUCAGCCACAGCGCGAAAAUCCCAUUGAUUCCAACUCCAAUGCCCCGUCGACGGAGCCUGCUCCACCGGCGUCUUCUCUGCCUCGUCCUCCUAUCACCCUGACGUCUCUUUUCAACUCCUUCCUUUCUAAUCCUUUGGAUCGUAAUCUGCCCUCAAUGCGUACAGAUGCCGCUUCAGAUGCGGAAAGACAGAAUGCUCCACCAGCAGAGUCCCAAAACUCAGAGGUUGGUGCUGCUCGGCCGAUUGAGCCGUCAACCCUAGUUCAGCCUCCAAAUAUACUGAACUUUCCUCCAUUUAUUCCCCCGGCUGGUCAGCCAAACACCGCUCAAACACCUGAGUCAGGUGAUGCUUCUGGUCGGCCAUCAACCCAAUUUAUUACCUUCCAUGGUUUGCCUUCCCUUGCAGAUUUGCCUACCGUGUUGGAAAGUUUGUUUCGUCCCAAUGGUUUGCUAAAUCUUCAAAACCAUGCCAGACAGGCUCAGAAUGCUGAAGGAGAACCCUCUGUUGGUCGUGAAGGCAAUGUCGAUCAAAAUAUGAAUGAACAAGAACAAGCUGCUAAUACUACCGAACCUUCUGAAGAAGACCGUACAAGACCUGAAGGAGCUACAUCUACGAAUCCUAUGAUUCAUAUCUACUUCUUUCGUCCACCUAAUGCCGAUGCAACUGUUACUGCUCCAACAAACACAGGAGAGACUCAAACAAACAACGAUGGUUCUAAUGAAGAUCGCAGCACAACUGAAAGUGGCAGAGAUUCUUUAGAAAAUAAUGAAAGCCGUUCUAGAUUAUCUUCAGCUCUUCCUUCAGGGUUAAGACACCUUAGUGAAAUGGGUCAACGCAUAGUUAGAAGAUUCCAAGAGGAGUUUGAAAAUCGUAUGCGACAAACGACUGAGCAUCCUCAACAGGAGCAAGCUACUAACCAAGCAGAAGCUCCUCAAAAUCAAACUAGUACCAGUGUUGCCGUUCCAAGUGCAUCUCCAUCACAACCUGAGCUGCCUUCAGCUAAUACUGCCAGCGUUAUCGACGAAGGCGUUAAUGUCGAUCGACCUUCCGUCUCUACUCCAUCGGAAGCAGUUAGUAGUGACAUUGGAGAAACGAGCAGAAUUCCAUCAGGAGCUAGUACUCCUCGCAUGGUAGCUCCUGUCGCCCGUAGAAAUGUGCGUCAUCAUCCUUACAGUCGACCAACAUCUACCAAACCUCAGUGUCAGCUUGGAGACCAAGGUGGCUGUAGUCCAAAUGAUAGAUUUCUACAUUUUGAGUGCGGUCACUCUGUACAUCAAUCAUGUUACCAUGACUCACCAGAGAAUAGACAAAUGGAUGAGGUUGACGAACAAUGUCCAAAAUGUCGCCAACAGAAUGAAAAAUAG